UUUAACACACCUGCACCCUAUAAGCACACCUUUGUAAUAAAAGGUGAAUAAUGUGGACGGGUGGGUGGAUGGCUGGCUAUACGUAAGAACGUAGCGAUAUAUGGUCUCUUGCAUCAAUUUCAGCCUUUAUUUGCACGACAAUUAAGAGUUCAUUGUUAAAUAUUUGUUGUCUGAACGUUGUCUCCUCACCGGUUGGAGUUGGAGUUAAGAAGAUGUUUUUUUCCCGAAAUCAGCAAUAAUUUCGCUUAAAAGACACAAGGUCAAAGUUUGUGCCACAAAAGACUGAGGUGGGGGCGAGUGUGCAAAAAAUUGCGGUGAUGUGCCAUAAAAUCUAGUAGGAAAUUGAGCCAGAUAAUAUUUAGGUUAGAGUAAAAUGUUACCAGGAGGAUGGGUGGUGACACUGGUGUUGACCGUGUCACUGGGGGUACGAUGUGCGGAUGGGGUUGGGUGGAGCAGUAAUAAAAUGCUGUCCUCGUCGUCGUUAUCAUCGUCAUCUCGACAGUUGGGGGGUAGUCAUAGUCUUCACGACAGAAUCGUGUCUUCCACGACGAGCAAAUCUAAAACGUUGGAGGAUGAGGACGACUAUUUUGACGAAGAUUACAAGGACGACGAGGACCUGGACGACUACCUAGUUCAUCCGAGGAGCAGCAAAAAGGGCGGGAGUGAGCGGAGAGAGUGGGUUUCGAUCGACUGCCCCAAAGAACUUCGAGGUCACUGUCACUGCGGCCACCAGCGCGACCCCAACGACAAAUUGAGAGUUCGCCCCGUUGUCAACUGCACCCACGCUGGAUUCACGGACACAGACUUUUUCAAACAUGUCCCAGUGGAGACAGAGGUGCUUAUCGUGGUGGGAAAUGAGCUUAGAGAACUUCCUACCAAUCUUUUUGGUCCGAAUCGUGACAUGCUUUCCCUUCGGGAGUUGGACCUUCGUCAAAAUGGGAUUGAACUCAUUCGAGGCAAAACCUUCCAUCACACCCCCCACUUGGAAACCUUGAUUCUCAAUUACAACAAAAUUGGUGGCGACGUGCUUAUCGAACACCCCAGAAUAUUUUCAAGCCUUACCUCCCUAAAGUAUCUCCACCUCACGGGAGCGUUUCACACGGACCAGUGGACGCUGCUGAACGGGCUGACUGAAAUGUUUGCAGAAUCAAAUCUCACCCACCUGCUGAAACUACAUCUCGAGCAGAACCAUAUAUCCAGGAUCCCGAACCCCCUCCAGUUCUGCGACCUGCCCUCCCUCCUCGACCUCCAUCUCGGGCAGAACGAGUUGACGGAUUUGGUCCUGGACGUGGAAGCGUGUCUCUCCUCCCUCCGAUUCGUGGACCUCAGUUACAACAAAAUUCGAGAGAUUUCCGCCACCUCGGGACUCUUCGCCCUCCUCAAUCACAGGAACCAGAUGGGCGUCGUCGUCCAACUCGAGCUUUAUCACAACCCAUUCCACUGCGAUUGUGGUCUCGAUCAUUUUCUCCUCUGGAUGAGAAAUAUGACUCUUAAAGAUCCCGAUAUUUUUCGCCAUCGGACCGAAAUGCGUUGCUUAACCGGAUAUCCAACCAGCAACGCGAAGCGAAUGUUGCAAGACGUUGAUCACACGGAAUGUGCCCCACCACCAGUGACCAUGACGAACACGGUGAUCAAUCGUCUCUCGUGGAGUGUCGUGUCCCUCAUCGGUCUCGUCGUGCUGAUAAGUUUAUCCGUGGCGUGGGUCAGGUUGCGUGGCGUGCCUUCGUGCCUGCGCGGAAGUCUGAUUUCUGCCGGGAAUAACCACCCGCUCCUUGCCACGACCACCAGCGGGGUUAAGUACACGUCCGUCGAUAAGGAAGAGGCUGCCGAGGUGGCGCACGUUUGAAUUAAUGAGUCAAGUUAAUGAAAAACUUCCAGUUACACAAGUGCCAAUUAAUAAGCGGAAGUAUUUAUGAAUACAAAUUGUUCCUCUUCAUCACUAGAGUGGCCAUCAGUUAUAUUUUAAUUCUUGAUCAAUCAAUUACACAACUCAAGUAUUAUAUUAACCAGUGGCCGCGGAAGCUGUGGGGACAUCUGGGAACAUUGACUUGGAUGAGGGAAGGGGGAUGGGGUCAUUGUCCCCAUGCUCCCGCGGUCACUGAUAUUAACCUUCUCUCUCUCGAUACCAUCAACCAACCAAACAUAUAUUACUUAACCAAACCGAAUGAGCGGCAUAUCAAUUAGUAAUUGACAAUUACUUAUCGACUACUUAACUUAUUGCUGCCAGUAAAAUACACAAAUAUAUUUAGUACUAAUACAUACAUAAUUAUUUUACGUAAAAAUUACCCAUGUUCAUAUACAAAAGUAUAAAAAGUGUUUAUAAGUAAUAGAUAAUUGUUGUUACUUGAAAUAUACAUAAUGAGGGAACUCACGUCAACGUUUGUAACCUUCGUAACUGCGUAAGGUUUGUAAGCUUACAAACUUUUACGAACUUUUACACACAUUUCUAAGGAAAAUUGACUUACGAACUUUUACGAAUCUUACGCACUUCAAACGCAUGUUUUUGGUUCGUAAAUAAUUCGAGUUUGAUAUUUACAUUUCCUAUUGAAAUUGUCUUAGAGACGAAUUGUCAAUUGUAAAUUUUUUGUGAUCUCGUCCCAUCAACAUGCAAAUUAAUUUAAUUAUUUUACAAAAGAUUGCUGCCAGCCGAAAAUAUUUGUCGCUAUCCGACCAGCCCCCAAAUGUCAAAUCUGGGUUAAAUUGACACACUUCAUCCAGAGGGGUAUCAAUCGAUCGGUCUUGAUCAUACGAUCAUUUUGGUAUAUUAUAGAAUUUUGUGACAUAAGAAAUAGCUAUGUAAUUCCUGAAAACCUGAUAUUUUAGGCAAAAAAAUUCAAAAAUAAUUACAUUUCAUUUGGUGUACGCUAGGAUAAAGUUGGCUAGCAACAUUUUGAUGAUGUUUUAUAUACGAUAUUUUGAUUUUACUAAAAAAUGUUUACGAAAAUGUUUACAAAGUCAACUCACGUCAAGAGUGUGUAAGCUUACAAACCUAACGCAGUUACGUAGGUUACGAACUUGACGUGAAAUCCCUCAAUAUAUAUCUGAGAA